ACAAAAAAUUUAGAUUUUGUGGUCUAGAUCCUAAAUUUACUAUCAAAUUAUUUAAUAUUUUAUCAGUAUUUGUAUGAUUAAACAUUUAAAGAAUUGAAAAAACACGAUUUGAGAAACAGAAUCUACAGUGUGCAUCUCACCCGUUCCUCAACAUUUUUAUUUUUCUCUGGAAUUUCUUGAAAGGAAGACAACAACAUUUCCUCUGCAAAUUUGUAAUAUUUCAGAUUGUUUGAAAUUGGGCGAUGGAUCAAACGAGAGGGCACGGAAGCAUUCAAAUGCUGCUUAGCGCAGAACAUGAAGCUCAGCAGAUUGUAGCAGAUGCUAGAAAUUUGAAACUGGCGCGGCUGAGGCAUGCCAAGGAAGAAGCCGACAGGGAAGUCGCCUGCUACAGAGCUCAAAUGGAAGCCGACUACCAAAAGAGCCUCUCUGAGUCUUUUGGGAGCUCCGACUCGGUAGUGAAAAGGCUGGAGUCGGAGACAGAGGCGAAGAUCAAGAGCUUGAAGGAAACAGCAGGGAAAGUGUCCCCUGAGGUUGUGAAAAUGCUUCUCAAGCAUAUAGUUAUUGUCAAAUCUUGAUGUGAUCAAGAAUUAAGUUCCAUAUGGAAUUGUCUGAGAUUACUUUUUUUUCUUCAUAAAAUUUGUAGUUUACGAUCCUCUCCUAGAAGAUGGUCCGGUCCGAGUUAUAUUUUUGUUGAUACUACCAUAAACUAUCAAAUGUAGUGUUGAAAUCAUAUUCAUUAUUCAACAAUAAAACUGAGGGAUGUGCAGAAUUUUCAAGCACUCA